GCCCCUGAGCUGCCAUCAUGAAUACCAGCCAUGUGCAGCCUAUCGAGCUGGCCAGGGUCACCAAGGUCCUGGGCAGGACCGGCUCUCAGGGACAGUGCAUGCAGGUGCGCAUGGAAUUUAGGGAUGACACAAGCUGCUCCAUCAUCCGCAAUGUAAAAGGCCCCGUGCGCGAGGGCCACGUGCUCACCCUGUUGGAGUCAGAGCGAGAGGCCGAGUUAGGUUGCGCUGAGCUUGGUUGCUCACUGGGCCUUGAAUGUUGGAUUCGACCACUUGAGAUGGAAAUGGUGUGUCACGACCUGCUCCUUUAUUUUGUGCCGCCACAGUAAAUAGAGAUGGACCUUUAAAUACAGCGUUUGUGAUGCAAAAAAAAAAAAAGUAGGAAAAAAAAAAAAGCUUAUACAACUAAUUUGAGAGGAGACAAAGUUUGAGUCUAGGUCAAAGAACCUCUAGAAACUGUGUUCCUUCUGUGCUAUGCUGAAGGGGCCUGUGAGAA